UCUGGGUCAGUUGGAGGAACAAAAGUGGAGAGGAACAACAGAAAGCUCUGUCCAACGGCCAAACAACAAGAAAACAGCUGAGAGAAAGAGACAAGACAGUGUGGAGAAUGUGUCCUGCGUGGCUAUUGGUCGCCGUGGCGAUGGUGGGCGUGGCCAGAGGAGCUGCCAGCCAGUGCUGGGAACAUCCGAGCUGUCAGGAGGUGAACUCUGAGAGCAGCAUACUGGAGUGUAUCCAGCUCUGUCGCUCCGCCCUCACCGCCGAGAGGCCUGUCAUCCCGGGCGAUGCCCACCUCCAGCCUCCUCCUCCAGACACCGAGUCUCUGCCUCCCCUCUCUCUUUUAUCCCCCUCCUCCUCCUUCCUCUCCUCUCCUCAGGCCAAGCGCUCCUACUCCAUGGAGCACUUCCGCUGGGGGAAGCCCGUUGGGCGGAAGCGCCGCCCGGUCAAAGUCUUCGCCUCCAACGGCGUGGAGGAAGAGUCCGCCGAGCUGUUCCCCGAAGAGAUGAUGAGGCGGGAACUCGCCGGCAAGAUGACAGCGACAGAGGAGGAGGGAGAGGAGGAGAGGGUGCAGGAGGUGGCGGAAGAGGAGCAGGACCAGCUGCCGGGCAACGUCCACGAGAAGAAAGACGGCACGUACAAGAUGAAGCACUUCCGCUGGGGCAGCCCGCCGACCAGCAAGCGCUACGGCGGCUUCAUGAAGAGCUGGGACGAGCGCAGCCAGAGGCCGCUGCUCACGCUCUUCAAAAACGUCAUCAACAAAGACGGACGGCAGCAGGAGAGCGAGCAGUGAGGGAGGACAGAAGAGAGAGAGAGGGAGGAGACAGACAGAAGAGGAGCACACGGAUUGGCCAACAAGUCCUCCAAACUGAAUACAAAGUCGUUUAUCAUUGCCUUCAAAGUAUGACCCAUGUGAGCGUUUUCAGCUCGAUGGUAUUUUAAGCCCACCAACGUCGACUUCAAGGCAGCGCUGCGACUGUCGACUUCAAGGCACCUAACCCUAACCUUAACCCUAACCAUUGCCUAAUCCUAGUGCCUUCCAGGGAGCGCUGCCUGGAAGACGACGUUGGGGGCUUAAAACAGCAAACACCACGCUUUCUGACUCCCCUAUCGGCAGGCAACCCUGUCUCCUAGAGAUUACAUUUAUAUUUUAUGCAUCAAUUAUUGUCAUUAUGAUUAAUUGGCAGAUUAUUGCCUUAAUUGUUUCCCAUUUUUUUCCAGAGCCUUAAUUGAGCCUAAGGUCUUUUUUUCUGUUCAACUAACUGUCCAAAACCGAAAGAUAUCCAGUUUGCAAUGAUUAAAGCAGUGAUAUUAGCAGUGAAAUUAGGUUUAGGCAAAAGAAAGUAUUAUGGUCAAGUUUAUAGGAAAAGAUCAUAGUUUGAGUUGAGUGAGUCUCACGGUCAUGUCCCUAAACCCCUACGGGCCCUCUCAACCAGCUUCUUACUAGGAGUGAAGGGGGGUGGGUCCCCUAUAUGAAAACACACUUUUCUACUUCUCACUAGUUUGAAGUGGACAGGGUUCAAUUGGAAAAAAAUAGGUGAUGUCAUAUACAUCUUUGCACUAAUCACAAUUAAGCAGUGGAGUGUUAAACUCAAUAAGUAACACCUAUGCUACAAGUACAAAAAGUUAAUAUCUCAUGAACGGCUCAUCCGAUUUUUAUGGAAUUUGGAGGGUACCAUCUAGGGCCACUCCUGAGGCCACCCCUACAGUGGGGGUACUGAUUGGUCAAAGUGGGUGUGGCCUAUGGGACCUACGUUUGGAUUCACCACUUAUACUAAUGAGAGCAACUUUCAAUUCAUGUCUUUAACUUUGAUUGUUGCUUAUUUAUGAAUAUACUGUAAAGUUACAAAGGCACACUUCAGAUUUGGGCUUUGACUGUGUGCGCCAAUAAACAUAAUAAAAAAAAAAUGUUUGAGCAUGCUCUAAUUGCUAUGAAUUUAGAGUGUAAAAUUGUCAGUGAAAGUUUUGCAGAUGCACUAUCAGCAACGUUUUCUCAUUAUUUUGGCAUAAAAUGUAAUCCAGGCGCCAUUCUGUCACUUUUACAACAUAUUUUCUGUUAUAAUAAACUGUAUAAAAGUCAUUUCUAAGAGACAGGGUUAGAGCAGGGCGGCAUUGUUUGUCAGUGUCUUCCAGAAACAGUUGUCAUAUAUGAGUGUUUUCUUACUCUGCCACCUCUAAGGUUGAGGUUUGGUUAGUUUUAGGCAACUACUGUAAAACUCACAAAUUUUUAAAUGUUUACCGUCAGAAGGAAACAGUAUUUUUAAUGACCAAUACAAAGCUCCAUUCUUCUGCCUGUCUGAACUACCUAACCUGAGAGAAAAAGACAUAGAGAGAUAUACAGAGAGAGAAAAGAUGAAAGAACUUUUUUUUUCAUAUUGAUUCAUGUAAAUAACUGUAAAUGACAAGAAAACAAAGUUAUUUGCAAGCAAAA